UGGACUCUGUAGAAUAACAAAACUAGCUCUCUUUAUCAAGUGUGGUCGGGUGGAUGUGGCCUUCGUUCCAAGUUACAGCUUUCGGCCUUUAGUUGUCAUUUUACGUUGCGAAUGGAAUUGCAUUCGGACUCCUGCUCUUUUGUGACAAGUGAGGGACCCAAAGGGCGCCUUGUGUCCAGAGCAACGUGCUGCUCUUGACCGGUUCACGUCUUAUCGCCGAUCAUUCAUACAUGAAUCUAGUCAUCUUGGUCAUGUCUAUUUGACCAUUUUUGGGAUUCGACUGAAAGUUGAUGGAUGUCUUUGACACUUUCCCAGCGCUAUCAUGAGUUUAUGAGGUUGUCUGAUCUAACGAAAUUGAGCGCUCCAUGGAGUGAAGCGUCGCAAACGAGCAAACCGACCAAGCAGCUUCGCUCGAUGCUCUCAUUCAAUUGUGGAACAGUGGUUUGGUACUCAGAGACGGUCCCUGAUGCCACAAGCUUUGGGAGAUAAUCAUGACAACUGCGGUUAGAGGCGCUUGUGGUGCACCUCCAGCUAAUAAUGAACGAAAUGAGCCAGAUCGCAGUUCUUGUCAAAGCUUUACGUCGUCGAGGCGUUAUGAUCCUAGAACGUAUUCAAUCAAAAUUCCCCCGGGUCUACGAGCUCUUUUGAAUGAUAUUACACAAGAGGUGCUUUGUUCCAAAGAAGAUUUACAAAGGGAAACUGAAAUCUACCGAUUUUGCGCAGAAUUUAUGGAAACGCUUCUGGCCCAAAGAAACCCCGCGUUACGGACAAAAAUGAUUCCAGCCAAUAUCCACUCUGCUCCAAAUCGGAAUGACUGUUUUACAUCUUACAAUCGGGAGGGCACUUUUCACUUGACCAACACCGACUCUGAUAGCGGCAUGGACGAAAUCUAUACCACGGACGCCGGAACCACAGAUGCCGAGGACACUCUUUCAGUGGAAUCUGCCUUGCAGAAAUUGGCUGACGCCGCCUUGUCUGAUCCCGAGGACUCCAUGGCUGCUCCCGACGUGGUCAAAGGCUUCAACCAACUCUCCGGAAAAGUUGCCCAACCAAGCCAAGAGUUGCAUGACCAAACAAAAAGACAACCACUCCUCAAGCCCGGGACGAUUGGCUUGGGAAAAGUUAGUCAAGAUUGGCAUGGAACAACUGGGCCUAUCAAUCAAACUGGUCACGAGGAGAACGAAAUCCCAUCGGAUCAGAAUGAUGAUCACCUUCACUGCUUAGAGCUGGAAUUUACUCUUGACAAUCACAAAGUAUCAAAGAACAAAGGGAGCACUCGAAGGUUGUUGUUGGCUACAGAUAAUCACGAUCAGACUUUGCUCGCUCGAGUAGAUUUAUUGGUAUCUAGAAAGAAUGUUCAGAUUUUACCCCGAGACGACAAGGACGGCUCGAUUUUAAAGUUGUCAAGAAUUGAAACAGAUGUUAAAAGCCUUCAAAGCCAUAGCAAGAUUCCCAUUGAAUUGAUUCAACAAUCUCCAGAAGCUAAUACUUGUUUUGAGAUUCCUACGCCAGUACACUCAAUUAAUUCAGCCACAUCCGAUUUACCCCCAAGUCCAACUAGCUUGAAGUCCUGGACAUCAGGACAUCGAGCAAGUAAGGAAGGCCAGUCAGAGGAACUUUACUCCUCUGAGCCCAAGGACAUUUCGGGAACAAGUGGAACGGAGCACUCACCCGAAGAGCACGGCCCACGAACAGGAACGAUAAGAGUUUGGCUACCGAGUGAAAGUUUUGCAGUUGCGGGGCUACCAUCAUCUGGAACAAAAGAGGGAAGCCUAGCAAAAAGGGAGUGUGAAGAUUUGUUGGGUGCCAGUCAAAGUGGUCACCAAUUCAUCGUUGCAAAAGGCGGAGGGGGAGAAACCAAGGCAACUUCUCCUCACGCAAACUCUUUGGACCAUCAAGGACAUGCAGGGAUCGCAGGGAUCCCGGGGGCAGUAAAGGAAACUUCCUCCUCCCUUGAAGUAGCAGUGCAAACAGAGCUCACAUAUCCACUAGGUGAGCCAGGUGAACCUGAGGGAUCUUUAUUGUCUUCAAGGCCGCAUGAAAAAGAAGAAGAGGGUUCCUUGGAGAAGGAGUCAGUUGUCUUGUCACAGCUCAGCAAUGAGAGUCGAGGGCCACCCACGUUUCCAAGUUUUGAAAAUGGGACCACUCAGACAGAAGCAGCGACCUUGUCCCAAGUCAGCACACAGACGCCGAACGACCAAGACAUUCAUUUCGCUCACGAGGAUAGCCAAGAAUUAGGCAAGGUCAAGAAGAUCAAUUCGGAUUGCGUUCAGGAUUGCCUCACAGCCAGAGUCCUCUUGGAGCAUAUUGGAACUGUGUUUUCUCCCACGGAUUCCCAAGAGGCGGUCAACUAUCUCGAUCUGUCGCGGCUCGGAGAAGAGGGCGAGACUCCGGGCUCGGAUGAGAUUUGGUUGGCAGUUGAUGGUGAUGAGGAGAAGGGAUUCUUGACUUCCACAGAGGAGGACCCAGACUCUCUCUCUGUGGAAACCGACAAACUCUCCGCAAUUGCGACCAUGGCUGGUCGCCUCUCUACAGAUUCAGUAACCGCCGACACUCCCAGUGAAAUUGACUCUAUGGGUAUGGGUAACAACAACAAUAACCUUGAUGCAAUGAAAAAAGACAGUCCUGGUUUUGGCGAGUUCAGUGAGAUGUAUGCUAAUCUGACACAACGCCUGCAAAGUAUUCUUAACCAGGAGUUAGAUCCUAUCCAGGAUACUUUGGACCACACUGGCAAGAAUUUGAAUAAUCUCACCGAAAAACUCCUUCAAAUGGAAACACUUCUAACCACUCUUUGUGAUAGCAUGCAAAAAGUGAGCUCAGAACUGCAAGCCAGCCAAAAUAUUACUGGGACUGUUUCGCAUUCGUCAAGGCCAUUAGGCGAUAUGAGAAAUGCUUCCGAAAAGAGCUUGGAUCAAAUUGUCUCCAAAAUCGAGAAUUUGUCAGUUGAGCUCGGUCAAGCAGACACUGCCAAUCAACUACGUGAGGAUAACCAUCAACUUCGACGGGAUUUGAACCUCUUUCGGAAUAGAGAACGGCACCUCAUCGAGCGGAUAGAAUCGAUGGAAAAGCUUUUACACAAGAGCUCAGUUGAAAUCGUUCACGGGUCUGGCUCAAGAUCUGCAUCUAGGCGUGGGAGCCAAACCUCAGACUCGGAACUCCCUCCUAUAGAAAAGGUUCAAACAAAAAAGGCAACGAAGAAGGACCCUGACGAAUCUGCUGACCCAAUUACUAAACAGAGCUUAUUGCAAGGCGGGCCAAAGCCAAGCAAGAAGCUGCUUGCCCGCAGAGGUUCCCAUGAACGAAUCAAAUCCUACCAAGUGACACAUGGGAUAGAUAUCGAUGCCAUUCACACAGAGAUUCAGGUGGCAAGAUCCGAUAAUGUGAUUUUGCGGCAAGAUUUACAAGUGUGCAGAGACAGAGAGCAUCAAUUGGUUUAUAGGAAUAAGGAACUCGAGGAUAAACUGUUAUGCCAAGCAAAAGCUGUCAGCACUGAUUCCACGCAUAACCACGCAAAAAAACACCUUUCCACGGCACCAACCAUCACCAACACAAUUUUACCACGAGCCGAGAUUGAUAUUAACAUCGAUUUUACUCCACCAGGUCGAGCGAUUAUCAAGGAACGUCCAUCUUACGGACCACCUGCACUCAAUCAAGCAACAAUAGAGACAAUUGCUCCAUUGGUACAAGAGACAUUAGGAGAGAAGCCGUUGAAAAAAUUUCAUGGAUUGAAGACAUCGGAAGUUAAUACCAAAAAACUGAAGGAUGAUCGUAAAAAGAUGGAGAAUGUUCAAGGAAAAAAAUCAACCAAUAUCCCAACACAGAGAGCUUCAUUUGAAGUGCAAGAUUGGAAGGUUAAUAUAAACUCAGCUCAUGACCUUGAGGUGAGCCAAGAUGGUCAAAAAGCUGUUAUUGUGACGCCCAAAAUUGAAGAAGAGCUGAAGGAAGCAGUCGUUCGACAAGAGCCCGAGGUCUCCGGUGAAGCUCAACCCAUUGUUCCGCUAAAGCUCAACAAAACAAAGGCCGAAAUCAAAAGUGAGCCCAAACUGAAAUCCCCACCAAAGUCCUUCAUUCCAACCACUGCCACGUCCAAAAAGGAAGAACCCGUUACAAAACCAAUCGCACACAUCCAGGAGGUGAAAAAAGAACGAGUGCGUCCAGUUAAAGUUGUCAGAAAACCACCACCACAGCAACAAACGCCCAUUGAAAUUCAUGAUCCUAGGGCUGACCCCAUACCUAAGCCAGCCCAAUUUCCAUGUGCUAGACCUCCCCGUGAUUAUGUUCCCGGUCGUAAUUAUCAAAAACGAACCUCUGUAGCCGACAUUUUAAGCCACGAGAGUGCUAACCAUUCUUUUACUACUUUGUCUAAGAGUAAUAACCACUCAAGUAGAGAGUUGAUUCACAGUGGGCCAGAAUUGGUCCAGAUGUUCAUUAAAGAGGAACCCGCCGAGCUUUGUGAUUCUGGAGUCCCGGUAUGCCAGGCCCGCGAAUCCCCUGAUGGAGCAAAUAGUUCGGUUAUGAAUGGAGGGAGUACCAGUAAGUGCAGUGGAAGGAUUAGUGUAAAUCUCUAUGACCAAGUGGACGAAAGGGAAGUUGCCCCUGAACCUUCUCCCCAUGAUGUAAUUCUCGAGUACGUUCUCAAGGAAGAGUCCGAGCUCCGAGAUCAAGAAAAACAAAAAAGACGGAAUGCCUUUUGGGGCGACAAAAGAAGGCCUGCAAUCAUUAGAAGGCCUAAAAAACGAUCUCGCUCUCUUUCACAAGAGAAGAGUAAAGCUCGAAGACUAAGACAAAAGCAUGCAAGCGUCGAACGUCUGCCGACCCUUUCUGCCUUUGACGAGGAGCGUAUUGUUUGGAUGAAGAACUAUGAAAAUGAAUCAACGCGAGAAGAUGAACGAAGGCGGAGAGCCCUGGUUAGGCGUGCCACCGCUCAAACUUUACAGAGUGCCAUGAAUGAAAUUGACUUGUCAUCCAAUUCCACGAAUUCUAACUCGGAAGAGAGCACAUCAGAAAUUAAAAACAAAACGCACCAAAUACAGGUUCCAUUGGCAUGUAAUCCCCCAGAGGAACAAGAACCAGGUAUGAAGAGCGCUGAGAGUGCCAAUAAUAAUAAUAAUAAUAAUGAAGUCAUGAUUCCGAAAAAGACGACCUCACGCAAACAGUGGGACACUGACAAGAUUAUUGGCGAUUCGGAGCGUCUGAGAGUGGAGCAAGAAACCUUCGCAUUAGUGACAGACAGUGCUCGCCAUACAAACUCCCAAGAUCAGGUCAAAGAAAACGAAAAAAUGACGAAUCGUAUCACAGAUGCAAGUCUUCCACCUAAUAAUCCUCUUUUGUCAGCGGAAUGCUUCAUUGUGUCUCGAGGAUGGCAAAUGGAUCAAAGUAAACUUCUCCGUGCCCUUGAUCGCAUAAAAUGUGCAAACUUUUCCCGGGUCCAAAUCGCAACCACGAUCAAUCGCGUGGUAGAAAACGUCCGUCCCAAUCUCGAUAUUGUUGUAAUACAUAUAGGUAACCAAGAAUUGCUUGAAGCUUCUCUUUCAAUCGGAAAGAGUGAGGAGAGUGUCCACAAUGUGGCUGGAAGUGUGGCUACAGUGAUGAGUCGACAAAUUAUCAAAGUGGCCCAACAAAACAAGGCAACCCAGUUCCUCAUUUCGUGUCCGCUUAGCAAAGGCAGCCAAACUAAACAUAUCACCUUGGAAGAAACGCAAAUAUACUCGGGAUUGAGAAAAAUUUUCAACGCAACACUCAAGGCCAAUUGCUCGAGCUUUUUCAACAUUCAAUGUUCAGAAAACGAUAACCUAACAGAGAUGGAGCCGGAUGAUGGUCUAAGUAGAGAGAGCAGAUAUUUUUCUGACUCGUUGCAAUUAAACUCCGCGGGAAUGAGAAAAUUGGCGAGAAACUGGGAAAGCUAUUUGCGAAGAAUCACAAGAGCAAAUGAUGGAGAAUUGGUUUUACGAUUGUCCUCAUCAGACUCCGGGAGCAACUCUUCAGCGGGAACGACAAGGAACAUGGCCGAAAGGGUGGAUCAAACGAAAGUACCUUGGAAACCUUACUAAAUGAUCUCUCGUCAAAGUUGUACAUGAAAAUAAAAGAAGCCAAUUCAAUA